UUAUUCCCUGAGAAAUACAGUGAACAGUCCUUGUGGGCUUGGAUUCAGUUUGGCUGCAUGUUGACAUGCUUCUGCUAACUAUUAUGGCUUCAAAUGAAACUAAUGUGAUUUGGGAAAUACUGAAACCUAUUGAUUUUGAGGAGCUCAUCCUGGCGUUCUGCUUGUCAAUACUGAUGGGUCUGCUCAUCGGGAUCUUGAUUUUCCUCCUCCUUACAUGGAUGUCAAGACGGAGAGCUUCGGUCAGGAUCAGCAGACGUCAAGACCAGUCAUCAGAAUCUAAAGGCUCACGUAAUCAACGCUGCCACCUCAGACACUACAAGAGUCACGGUUUUGACAAGAACAGUGAAUAUGCGGGAAGAACGACUUUAAACCUCCACAGGCAGACCUCCGUAGACCCCAAUGAGCUGUUGGGCAGAAGCCCCAGCUUUCUGAACUCCACUUUUCGGCCACCACCAAAAAAGACUAACAAGACUAGUGAUGAAACAGAGGAUGAUAACCAAGCUGCAUUGAUUCCUAACAUCACAGAUCCAUUUAGUACAGAACCAGCAGAGUCUUUCUGGCUGGGGAAAGGCAGUCUAAGAGGAUUUCUACCCAGACAGACUCCACCACCUGCAUAUGACAGCGUCAUUCACAUCUUUCAAGAGACCCGUCCCUGACUGCACUGUGACAAAAGACUAAGGAUUGUACAUAAAUCCCAAAACAUGAACUCAAGGCUUGCUCUGAUUUGAGAAGAGAUCUGA